UGACAAUGGUUUGGAGGUGUGUAUGCGCAUAUUUAUUUGUUUUUCUUAAAACUGAGUAUUUUGUCAAAACAAGUGUGAGAACGGCCAACAGCAAGGGUUGGUGGGGCCACCCAACAACGUGCCCUGAGAAACCCUGAGCUAAAAGGCGCUGUCCCCUUUAAGGGAUUUGGCGCGCUUUUUUAGUGCCCUCACAGAUGCCCCUCCCCGCCCCCAUUCAUACCAGCCGAAGGAGGGAAGUCUCCUUGGUGCCUUGUCCAAUCCAGGAGGAGGAGUAUGGCCAGUCCCCCUCUGGUUGGCUGACGGGGGAUCUCGCGAGCUUUUCCUUGCCCGCUCAAUGGCUUAGGGGAGCCGUUGGCGCGGGCGCGAGCGCGGAAACUGGCCUUUGAUUUCUCCCUGUCCCGCGCGGCUGCGGCGCCAGAUCGGCUGGAGAAUCCUGAGCAGGGAGGGGGAGCCGGGGCCAGGUCCCGGCUUGGCGGCUGCUGAAUGGGACCCAGUCAGACCGAGAGGAGCCGAUCCUAGCCUGGCGCCUGCAGCAGCGUCUGUAGCCUGGGUGUCGCUGGGAGAGCCGAUGGGGCCAGCAGCUGGGGCUGCUGAGAGCAAAGAGCCGCUGCAGGGGUUGCGUGUUAAGCCUGAUGGACACCUGGAGGCUGGCGGGGAGCCAGAACCUCGUGCUAACUCCAGCAAAUGUAACUACAAGAAACGGGAAGUUGUGAUCGCAGUCUCCAUCGCAGUCGUGUUGGGUCUCAUUGCUCUUUUUGUCUUGGCAUGGCUGAGACCUAAGCUUCCGUCAGCUGAUCUGGGGCCCCCUGCUGUGUCCUGCUGCCCGGAGGACUGGGUUGGGUAUGGAGGGAAAUGCUACUAUUUCUCAGAGACGGAAGGGAACUGGACCUACAGCCGGAGCCAGUGCUCUGCACUCAACGCCUCCCUGGCUGGGAUCAACAGUGAGCAGGACCUGGAUUUCUUGCUGCGCUAUAAAGGCAAACCUGACCACUGGCUCGGUCUUCAGAGGGACCCGGGGCAGCUCUGGAAAUGGACCAACGGCACCGAAUUCAACAACCUAUUUGUGAUAGGAGGAGGAGGAGACUGCGCAUAUCUAAAUGAUGAGAAUCGGGUCAGCAGCUUGCGAUGCACCAGUAAGAGACACUGGAUCUGCACCAAACCCAAUGAGUUUACAAAGGCACAGGAGGAUGCAGUGGAAGGGGGCUGAUGAUAAGAGUAUUAUAGAAUCUAGCCCUGAAAAAGCCGGACUGUGAUUUCUUGUGUCCAUCACGUCUGACCAAUUCCGGAAUAUCAGGGAAUGCUCUGCACAUCACGGGGCAGAGCACUGUUGAUUUUGGUGAAAUGCCAUCUACGCAUCUUGUUCCCCCACCAAUGUUCCCUCUAAUUUUUAACACCCAGGUGUGGAAUGAAUUUUGUUUUGUGCACCAAUAUGAAGGUGAUAUAUGGUGGGGCUGGGGCAGAGGCAGUGAUGAGCUGCCAAAAUCUUAACCGGUUCCCUUAAAAAGUUCUGAUUUAAGGGAUGUGCCCCAGUAUGUAUUUUUUGUACCAACAGAGUUACCAUACAUCCAUAUUUUCCUUAAAUCCCAGAUGGCGAUUUAAGAACCAAAAAGCCUGACCUGUCCGGAAAAAUACAGCUGUAUGUUAA